CUGGUCACAGUUCUCGUGUCCGUGUUCGUGGUUCAGACGAUGGCGGGGGAGGUGGUGAUGCGGAGGAGACGGAACCAAGUUCUUCCGUCCACAAAGUUCAUUACCAUGGUAACGCGGACAUCACGACUUGACUACGACAAAUUGGACAUGUGUCCAGUGUGUAUCGACUUCGCCGAUGAAGCUAUUGAGAUGUUGACAGAGCUAGCAUUAGAUAUAGGCGUCUUGGAUUCGUGCCAAGUAUUGUGUGAUGCUCUAGCCUCUAAAACAGGAAGCCAAAUUCUAGGGGUGCUUUGUCAAAUUUUCUGCGACAUCGAAGGUAUCAACGAGUUUGUGAAGAUUUUACAAAAGGUAGAUCUGGACGACAUCUAUUUCUGCGAGCUUGUCAAGGGAUGUCCAGUCUUUGAUGGAGGAGAUGCCCACAUCACUGAACUCACCAUCAGUCCAGUGUCCGGCCCACGAGGUAAAAGGGAGAUAGACUUCACAUAUAUGACCAAAAAUGGAACCGGAACUGGACAAAUAGAUAUACAAGUUAUUACAGUGGAUAAAUUUCCAGUAGACUCAAGACUCUUCAACAAAGCCGGCGAUCCAGGCAACUACUCGUUUAAGUUCAUACUAGACACCACGGGUGACUGCGAUCCUCCGUGUGAAGAGUGGCAGAAAGGCAACUACACACUCAUAGCAUCUGUUUGUAAUGGUGAAUGUGGCAGCAAACAUCCACACAGCGCGAUAUACGACACUAGAUCCGUGAAAUUCACCAUUACCGGCGACAAGAAUUAAUCACAGACAACAGUUAUGCUACAAAGUAUCAUGACAUUUAUAUUUAUAAUCAUAUGAACAAUAACAAUAUAAAACUUCUAUAAAAGAGAAGAGAAGAAUUCAUCCCGAUAAAUGUUUUGCAAGAUAUCUGAUUUUGAAAGCUUUGUUUUUGUUGCCAUUGACGACAACGAGAAAACAUCCAUCACAAUGUGAUAAUAACUCCUUAUCAGUUGACAAUCAACGUCGAUGUCACAACUUAUAUGGUUUAUAAUUCACAUAUGUUUCCAAGUUCAAUCUAACCAACUCAUUCAGGGUUGUAACCUACUUAGCCUAAAACAAUUAGAUCCGGGGGAGGGGGUCAACAAAAAUAUAAAAAUAAAGAAGAAGAAAAAUCGAGACACAGUACAAUAAUAUGAGUUUCUCCAGUUGGCAAAAAUGGCACUUUUAAACUAUAGAAGAAACGUGGGUUUUUGUUUGUUUUCAUUUUAUAGUGAUGAGGGUGCAAUUGCAAGCCAGUGUGUUCGCAAUGUUCAUUGACAGUGGGAGAUUUGUUGCCAUUGAUUGUGUAAUAAAAUUAUGAAACACAAA